AUGCGUGAGCAAGUCUGGUUUUUUCGUUUAUUUAUUGUUUUCGUAAUUAUUUGUGUUUAUCGUGUAUUAUUGCAAUAUGUCUUAAAAUAUCGUCAUUGUCCAAAUCCGUUUUGUUCUAAAUGUCUCGGUUCUGGUACGAUGAGAGAACGUGUAAUAAGAAUUCUAGAAGGUAAUGAUUUCAACAGUUAUCGUGUCGGUGAAACAAAAGAAUCGAAAGAAGAAGCAGAACGAUUAAAUACUCUCGUAUUAACAAAUCUCUUAGAACAUAAACGUUUACUAUCCAAAAAUAUUGAAAAGCCCACGAUCUAUUAUCAUCGUGGUCUCAGCAGUACACUAUAUUAUAUUGAACAUGCAAACUUAUUAAAAACUUACCGUGAUUGUGCAAUUUUACUUGAUAAAUACGACAUGUUACGUCAGGAACUUAUUAUAUUAUUGCAACAAAACAAUGGAAAAUGGAAAAUUGAUCCGAUUAAUAAACGUUCACUAUUUUAUUUGUAUGAAAAUGGAACGGAAAAUGAAUUGAAUUGUAAAUUAAUGCCACAAACAUUUGAACUUUUACAAACAUUACCAAAUGCUAUAAUAUCAAAUGCAGAUUGUCUAUUUGCAAAUGUUAUGAUCACUUGUUUAGACCCAAUGAUAUUGCCAUCGGAUACACAAGAAUACGGUGUUACAAAUUGUCGUAUACGUUGUCAUUUGGGUUUACAAUGUAUAGCACAAGAUUCAGAUAAUAAGGAAGUUUAUAUCGUUGCUAAUAAAUAUAAACGUUUACCAUUAGAAAAUAAUCAUAUGGUAGCUUACAAUGAUUCGGCUGCACAUCAAUAUGUCAAUAAUACAAAUUAUAAACAAUACAUAUUAACAGUUGAUUUAUGGCAUCCAGAUUUAUCCACUUCGAUGAGAAAACAUCUAGCAAAAGUUUUUCAUUCACGUUUAUCUACAUAG